GGAUCGAUAUUUACCGUUGUGCGCUCACAAUCGAGUCUGGUGCGCAGCGGCGCAUUCACUAUCACUAGUUUGGGUUUCCCUUUGCUGAAGCUGCGGCCAUGACACUCGAUCGUGUGCGUCCCGUGCGUUUGACACGCUCUAAAACAAAAGAAAACAACGAAACCGCCCAACAGAACCGUCAGCAGUUGUAUAUUUUGUGACGUCGGCGCGGCGGAAGCGGUCAGGUCUCGUAUAAACUGGAACAAGCGCUCAAUUUGUGGGGAGAAUCGAGUAUGGGAGUGUCAUGCCCUGAGCGUCAAGGUUGCUCGGCGGAGCGUAUCUGGUACGCGGCAUGUACCACACUUGGAAUACCUGAAGCGGACGACCCAUGGAAGAAAAUCGUAGAAGCUUCACCACCGGAUUCCAUAUGGCAUUCCCUAAGAAACUGCGUUGCCUAUCAGGCGGGGGUCUGGCAGAACUUGAUCACAAAGGGCAUCGAUGACGUCAUGCAGCCGGCCGCCUUCAAACUGGCAAUCGUACUGCGACACACACCCACCGAAGACUGCGCUAAAUUAAUGUCCGAGCUCCUGAAAACGCAUCCGGUAUCUGUGCAAGAAGAGCUGACAUCGUACUGCGUGUCGCUGCUGACGGACGACGAGGCGCGGCGCUGCGCCUGCUGGCAAAGCGGCCCGUCCGGCCCCCCCGCCCCCCUGCGUGACCUGCUGCUCUACGGGGACCUGGAGCUGGCGAUUUUGGCCGCUUCUCGCGAAGAAUACGAUGCUCAUGCGAAGCUAGUGCGGGCGGAGUACUCGAAGCUCACCCAGGACAACUACGUCGAACUACGAAUUAAGGUAACUGCCAGCUCUCCGGUCUCCUGUGAUGUCGACAAACCUUUUAAAGUGAAACUUUUAUUACAUCGUCUCAAACAUUUUCGUCUGUGUGUCGCAUGUCGCGUGACGGUCGGCCGCGGAGUAGGGAUAAAGUGAAAGGCGCUCGUCAGAGCAGCCAAGGCCAAUAUGGCGGCGCCUAUAGUUCGCAUCAGCUGACCGUCUAGUGUAUCAAGACUAUUACUCAUUUGUGCCAGUGCUCCACGCUAUUUUGUUUGUUUUUGUCAGUGUUUAAUGUAAAUGUUUGUCAGAGUUAAAUGUCUAUAAUGUGAAAAAAGUUUCACUGUUACCGUGGUUUCAUAAAACCACACAAUCCUUUUUUUGAUAUUGUGUGUGGAGUUUUGAUAAAUUUACUGAGUAUAAUAAACAUAAAUUAAUUUUGCUUACUCUUUAACUUUCCCCAAAUUCUCAUGUAUAUAGUUGUAGAGCCCGUUGUGCGUUGUGGCAGGUGCUGAACCAGUUCUCUCAGAUCCCGAAGCUGUUCCACUCGCCCGAGUUCGCGUGCUUCGAGCCGGCCGCGCGCGAGAACAUCGAGCGCGAAAUCUGUACUCUCAGAGAACACCUGCUCACGGGCAGAAAAGAUUAAAACUGAAUUCGUUUACUCUUUGACCACCGUUUCAUAUUUCAUAGUGUGGCGAUGUUGUGUAUCAAAAUCGAUAAUAUGUUUUCGAUUAAUGAAAUUUCAAAAAUUGUUGUCAAGUACUUCGCAUAUGUACAAAUUGAUUUAAUUGAUUUUCUCUUUUGCGAAAAUGACAUCUUACGAUCUUACAUUCGUAUAAUAUGUUUGUAAAAAAAAACGUUAUAAGUUUUUGAAGGAUACUUUGAGUAAAACAUCCAGAUAAAAAAUUCCGCCUACUACAAUACUCUAGGGACCUUCAACUUCACUACCACAGAUACAUGUGCGGUUAAUAACUCGCAGCCCUGGAACUUAAACUUUUGAGUCUGUGUUUUUAGAAACAAGCUCUAAAUGGAAAUUUUCAUUUCACUGUGUUUCACAUUCCACAAUAUUUAAAAACUGUUUACUCAUUCCCAACGAACGUUUAUUAUAUUAACAAAAAAACCAUGACUCUUCGUAAUAGUUUUUAAUAUGAGUAUAUAAUCUCUGUACUGUAGUGACUACCUACAAUAGCCAUUUAGAAGCGGAUGUUGUAUAGCAUCUGCAACUAGACACGUUGGAGCUGUCCAGCCGCCACGGACUAUUUGCGACCACAGUCGUCCACGUGUACACAUGACAACUACGUAGGUACUUACACCAUUUACUUUUAGCAGCUACUUGUGUGUAUCUAAAUGUGAAUCUUUCCUAUAUUAUUUACUUCACAGAUGUUUAAUACAACUUAAUGUAGUUUUAAAUCAAUAUUUUUAUAAUCUCUUAUAUUAAUAUAAUAUGCAUUAGGUACAAUAUUUUAUGUGGAUCAUUAGUUUCAGCGGCAAAAAUCUAUAUUAUUUAAGGAAAUUGAUGUAAAAUUAUGAUUUUGAAAAAUCAAUUUUGCUUUGAUGUGUGAUGAUGUGCUAUUAUUUGUAAACAUAUAAUCACUAGUCCCGAUAAAUUUAUAAUUAUAUUUGAAUAAUAUAUUUUACAUUCGUACUAUAAUCUAACAAUAUAGCGCAGAUUGUGGCAGGGCUGAUACUUAUGUUUGCAAAAUAAUUGCAAAAUCAUAUUACUUGCAUUGUUCUCAUUAGUACGGGAGAGCGAUGAAUACGUCGUCAAUGAAAUUAAUCAUAAUCGACUCAUUUUUUAAAUCGUUUUAAUGAAUUUAAAGCUUUUGUGCACCGUCUAGUGUUAGGUCGAUGUUACAAUAUACCAAUAAAGGAUUAAGUACCGCAAA